AUGUUCCGUGAAUUGCAACCCAAACAACAAGUCCACUUCAAAUCACCCUCUUCAUUGCCUCGCAUCACACCACCGCAACCAAAACGCAGCAUCAUCACAGCGACGAUGGCGCGAUACGAUCUUCGCCCUCGGCACGGUUUGAACGCAGCCCCAGCUACAGCAAAUGCGCCGAUUGACGAGGUCCCGAGCAAGGAGAGCGGCAGCGAAAACAUGGUCCGAGGUCCUGGAGGCGCUUCGUUCGGUAUGUUCCAUGCUGACGAUGAUGGACAGCCGUAUACUACACAACAAGACGCGCCUGUUGGAGUCGCCACCUCACAAGGACCGACAUCGAGCAAGAAGGAAGCCACGCCGAACCCGCUGAACUCUACACCCAUCGACAGCGCAGCCAUCGCAAAGCCCGAUCCCGCGACUGAUGAAGAGAAGCUCCACGAAGACAACGCCCCUACGCAGUGUAAAUGCCACAAGGUCCUCAAAACGACUGAAAUUCUGGAGCAUAUCCUUACCAACCUCUCCUCUGAGCGCGAUAUCCUCCGCUGCAUUCGCGUCUCGACGACUUUCAAGAAUACCAUUCGCGGCUCCAUCAAGCUUCAGCGCCGUCUUUUCUUCGCUGUCGACAACACGGUUCUCACUGGCAUCGCUGUCAAACGUCAGAGAAUAAACGAAGGAGAGUCCAGCAAGGCGGAAAACGGCGGCCGUCAAGGCAUUCCCGCCAACGAGCGUCUGCUCCGCACCAAUCCCUUCAUCAUCCGACCUCUUCCCGCGGAGCCAUACGGCGAAGAUCAGUACGCCGACUUCUGCCCCAACUUGAAGACGUACUUCGACCACAGGGAUGACGGCGUUGAUCUUUCCAUCGGCGAAAUGUUUCUCACCCAACCGCCAGUCUCCAACGUUCGACUUGCCUUUGGCUGGUGGGGUUCGGAAGAUUCGCAGUUGGUGAGGCAGACGGUAUGGCUAGGACUAAAAUCGGAUGGAGAUGGUGUCAAGGUCAAGGACGUCAAGAAGUGCUUCGAAGCGUACUUGGAGAAGACCCACCCCGUGAUGAUUAGCAGAUUUCAGGACGCGUUGAAGGGACGCCACGACGUUGCUCUGAAGGAAGACUGUACGGGCAAUCAGAGCAUGGCCUCUUCUCUGCCUUUCGACCCACUACAACUUGGGGAUGAGGGAUAG